UCCAAGCAGGGAGUAAAACACUUUUUCUUUAUCAGUAAAAUAAGAAGUAUUAUUGCUCUGGAUAAUAGUACUUAUCGCUGGAUUUGUGGAAGGAGAAGAUAUUGUAACUGUUUCGAACACAACUUGAUCAGGAUGUACAGGUGGCAGAUAUUUUUGGCUCUUUUCUCACUUGUCAAAGCUGCGGAUACAGGUUCUCACUCCUUAUGGAUCAUGGGAACAUACAUCAGAGGAAAGACUCCGUUUCCAGAAUUCUCAGUGUAUCUGAUGUUGGAUGAUAUUGAGUUUGGGUACUAUGACUCAAAUGAAAACAAAGCAAUACACAGAGACAUCCAUGAUGCCCCGUACAACAUAGUUGAUGCAGAAGAUAUAGAUUUUGCUUCAUACUUUGAAAAUUUGUAUGACCGAGUUAAGCUUAGAUCAUCCAAUGUAAAGGACUACUUCAACCAUACAAAUGAUGUUUAUGUUUAUCAGAGAGCUAUUGGAUGUGAGCUACUGGGCGAUGAUCGUCCAGGACCAAUGUAUACUAAGGAUGCUUACAAUGGGGAGACUGUAGUUGUAGACCAAUACGAUGCAGAUCAGGAUGCUCUUCGCAUUAAUUGGAGAUGGCCAGAUAUAAAGGAUAAAACAUGGAUUCAACAAAUCAACCUCCCCUUGCAGUACAGAGUCCUUUACCCCACCUGCAUCAAUUUUCUCCAAAGGCAUCUGGUCAAACAAAAGAACCGUGUUCUGAAAAAAGUGAAGCCCAGAGUCAGGCUCCUCCAGAAGACACUCCCAGACUGUGGAGGGGCCAAAGUGACCUGCCUGGCCACUGGUUUCUACCCCCGUCACAUCAACCUGACCCUGCUCAGAGACAGCCAGCCUGUGUCUGACCACCAGAUCAUUGGGGGGGAGCUGCUACCUAAUGGAGAUGAGACGUACCAGAUGAGGAAGAGCCUGGAGGUCAGCGCAGAGGAACUACAGCAUCACCACUACACCUGCACAGCUGAACACCUCAGCCUGGACAACAAGCUGGACAUUGGCUUAGAGCGUGAGUGGGAUUCAGGAACAACAAUCAUAUUAUCAUCUGUGAAGGCUGUGGCAGUGUUGGUGUGUGUGGUUGGAGCCACCUGUGCCGUCAUUAUAUGGUGGUGGAGGAGACGCACAGGUCAGGGCUCCCAGGCAUCACAGUCGAGUACCUACAUGUCUGCUCCAAGUGCAGAUCUGGACUGAAGAGAAAUGAUGGAGCAAAAAACACGUCGUAAAGAUGCUUCAUGUCAAGUUCAUGCAAAUCAUCUUUCAGAGAUGCAUUUAACACUGCUUGAGAAUUGUUCCUUUUAAGCUCAUCCUUGUUUUUCUUCAAUCUCAACCUUAUUAUUCAUGAAUAGAAUGUUCAAAGUUAAGAUAUGUUGAGAUAUGUUUGUGGUAAAAACACAUUUUCAC